CACAAGUAAAACAGCUAGUUCCUAAAUGUUGAGAGGGUGACUCAGGGGGGUUAGUGUACCGAAGAAAUGUGUAUGUAGCUAGGUUCAACUUGUGAUAGCUUGGUAGGCAUGCAGAGUAUAAGUUUGGUAUAAUAGAAGGUGGCAAGAAUUGUUUUGGAGAAUGCAAGUGCAAAAGUUGACUAAGGAUGAAGAUAACUUAACUUUCUGAAUCGACUAUACUUUGCAGUCGAUUAUUUUUUAAUUGCGUGUAAAAUUUAAACUAAGACUCCACUGAAACUGCAAAUUAUUUGACACAUUACGAUUAGCCAACAGGUUUUAUAAACUAUAAUAUACAAAAGAUUCCAUCAACAAGGAACAGGAACCGGGAGUUAUCAGUAAUGAUAUGCUCACAAAAGCAAUCCUUGAACAGGGUCACAAGGGUGAGGCCGGCAGAUUGGCGCGAAUGGAUCAAGUGCAGCUGGAGUGCAUUACCGUAAUCCGGCUGGAGUUUCAAAAUAUUAUGAAAAUUGAUCACCUUUGGGUGCUGAAGAAUCUAAAAAUCCUCUCACUAGCAUUCAACAAGAUCGAUAAAAUCGAAAACAUUCACCGGCUUAACCAACUACAGGAACUAAAUCUUUCAUUCAACUUCAUCGAGAAGAUUGAAGAGCUCGACCAAUUAGUACAGCUGCGAACACUGUCUUUAUACGGAAACCGAAUCGCAAAACUGGAGAACCUUGAUCGUCUGGAGAAACUGGUGAUUCUCAGUCUCGGGAAAAAUAACAUAAAAACUCUGGACGGGAUUGAGCGGUUACGUUUACUGAAAGAACUACGCUCAUUGAAUCUAGCCUUCAAUCCCAUAGCAAAUGACAGCUCGAAGCCAUUAAGAUUAUAUAUAGCGACACUUUUACCUCAACUGAAGUACUAUCAGUACGUUCUGAUAAGACCGGAAGAACGAAGCGCAGGGAAAGAAAUGUUUAGUCAUGAGCAACAGAAUAUAUUAGAGAACGAAAAAUUUGAAAUCAUGGAGAGGGAGCGAAUUAUUAAGGAAAAGUCUGAUGAGGUUUACCUAUCCAGAAGCUUUGUCGAACAUAUGAAUGGGAAUCAAUUGUUUGAAUCGCUUUUUACCAAUGAUCCAGAUGGAGAAGCUUUGAUGUCCAUUGGCGACGAUGCUCUUGAAUUGAAAAAUGAAUACAUGGCGGAGGCAUACAACCUGACUCAGCAAAUCUACAAGAUUGGUUUGGAGCAAUACGAACGGCGACAGAAAGAAAUCCAACUGUACAACAGCUGCAUUGAUGUCGAACGAAAGAAAGCUCAAAAACUUGGUCAAGACAUCAUCAACCACUUCUUAGACGUAUACCACCGUUUAUGUUCCAAGGUCAAAGAGAUCGUGACCAGUCUAGAACGGGAUUCCCUAAAACAGUCCGACAUGCAUGUGUCCUCAUCGCAUGAGUACAACCCAAUGACUGGUGAGCUAGACGUUGCCAAGGACGAGUUCAACUCGGUGUUUGAGGAUUCCUGGCACACAGUCAUGAACAUUGAAAUGCAACUUUUUGAGCGCACCGAGGAAGGCAAUGCGAACUUCGAGAACACCAUUAAAGAGAUGACCAAUGAGUUUAUAGAAAAAACGCAGGCCCAGUUUGUGUUGAUGCGCGAUGCAGAGAUCGUUUUCGGUGAUGCCCUAGUCGAAGUUGUUCAGCAAUUUGUGACAUUCCAGGCAGCAUCCGGUCAUUCCAAUAGCAUUCCGGUUGUAUUGAGAGAGGCCCUGGAAGACAAAGAUGUUAUAAACAACCUUGCUGCUGGAAUGCGUGACAAUCACCUACAAUUGAUCGAUGCCCGGGAGGACAAGCUGGUCAGUCGUAGUCGGAAUUGGGUUAGAGAGCUUUGCGAUGGAAUGCAAAAUGCAGAAAUCAAGAGAAACCGCGCGAAAGUACUGGAAAUAACUUACUUCUUAGAUCACUACCGACAGGCAUUUUUCGCGUUAUUUGAAGACGUAAUCCCGCCGCAGGAAGACAGAGAGCGAAUGUUUUCGAAAGUGCAAUUCACCAUUGAUGAAUAAAAUUGUUGAGAUGUUCAACGCUAUGCUAUUUCAA